AGUGACUUCCUCUUUCCAGCCCAUUUAAGGCCCCGCCGGGAGCGCCCCGCAGAAGCGGAGGCGGUGCACAGCAAUGGGGGACUCCUUCAUCCGCCACAUCGCCCUCCUGGGCUUCGAGAAGCGCUUCGUCCCCAGCCAGCACUACGUGUAUAUGUUCCUGGUGAAGUGGCAGGACCUGUCGGAGAAGGUGGUCUACCGGCGGUUCACGGAGAUCUACGAGUUCCAUAAAACCUUAAAGGAACUGUUUCCUAUAGAGGCAGGGGACAUCAAUGCAGUGAACAGGAUUAUCCCCCACCUGCCCGCCCCGCGGUGGUUUGAUGGGCAGCGGGCCACCGAGAGCCGCCAGGGCACCCUCACUGAAUACUGCAGCGCCCUCAUGGGCCUGCCCGCCAAGAUCUCCCGUUGCCCCCAUGUGCUCAACUUCUUCAAGGUGCGCCCUGACGACCUCCAGCUCCCCACCGACAGCCAGGUGAAAAAGCCCGAGACAUACCUGGUGUCCAAGGAUGGCAAGAACAGCAUUGCAGACAUCACAGGGCCCAUCAUCCUGCAGACAUACCGCGCCAUCGCCGACUAUGAGAAGACCUCGGGCUCUGAGAUGGCUCUGGCCUCAGGCGACGUGGUGGAGGUCGUGGAGAAGAACGAGAGUGGCUGGUGGUUCUGCCAAAUGAAGGCAAAGCGUGGCUGGAUCCCAGCAUCCUACUUGGAGCCCCUGGAUGGUCCUGAUGAGUCGGAGGACCCAGAGCCCAACUAUGCAGGUGAGCCCUACGUUGCAAUCAAAGCCUACACCGCUUUGUUGGAGGAUGAGGUGUCCCUGCAGGAGGGUGAAACUGUGGAGGUCAUCCAUAAGCUCCUGGACGGCUGGUGGGUCAUCAGGAAAGAAGACAUCACGGGCUACUUCCCGUCCAUGUACCUGCAGAAGUCGGGGCAGGACAUAGCCGAGGCCCAACGCCAGAUCAAGAGGCGAGGAGCACCGCCGCGCAGGUCGUCCAUCCGCAACGCGCGCAGCAUCCACCAGCGGUCGCGGAAUCGCCUCAGCCAGGACACCUAUCGGCGCAACAGCGUCCGCUACCUGCAGCAGCGCCGCCGCCUCGGGCGGCCGGAGCCGCAGAAACCAGGGAGCCUGAAGCAGGAAGAGCCGCAGACCCAAAGCCCGAAGCCGCAGCCAGCGGUACCCCCUCGGCCCAGCGCAGACCUCAUCCUUCACCGCUGCAGCGAGAGCACCAAGCGGAAGCUGGCAUCCUCCGUCUGAAGCCCGGGCUGGCGCCCUGGCCCCUCCGCCCCCUCGCACCGCCUUCUGCCCCUAACCCUGUAUAUACGUGUAAAGAGACUGAGGUGUGAACACAGAGGGCAGCCCGGGUCCUGCCCCAACCUAGCUGUUCACUGCCCUCAAUAAAUGUUGCUUGGAGUGGG